AUGGAAAAUGCACCUGGAAAUUGUCAAUUGAUAUCUCCAAUUAUUCAAAAGGAUAUUAUCAAUUGUUGUGCUAAAGAAACAACUAAGCGAAUUGUGGAUGAUCUUGGUGAGGACUGCUUUGCUAUAUUAGCCAAUGAAUCAAGCGAUGUGUCGCAAAAGGAACAAUUAGCCCUUUGCAUGCGCUAUGUUGAAAAAAAAGUGGAAAGAAGUGCAAUUUUAGCUUUGCUUUCUGAACAUUCACUGAGUCCAUCUAAGAUUCGAGGACAAGGAUAUGAUGGGGCUAGUAACAUGAAGGGUGAGAUACAUGGACUUAAGACUUUGAUUAUGGAAGAUACUCCAAGUGCUUACUACAUCCACUGCUUUGUGCACCAACUUCAACUAACUCUUGUAGCCAUUUCCAAAAGGAACGAUGAGUGUAUUUGGCUUUUUGAUACUAUUGCAAUUUUGUUGAACGUAAUUGGAGUUUCUUGUAAGAGAAGGGAAAUGAUUCGUGAAAUUCAAGCACAAAAAAUCGCUAAAGCCUUAGAGAUUGACGAACUUGAAACAGGGACGGGGUUGAAUCAAGAACUUGGUUUGAAAAGGCCUAGAGACACUCGUUGGAGUUCUCACUACAAGACUCUUUUGAAUAUCAUAGACUUGUUUUCUGCAAUUGUUAACGUUCUAGUGAUAAUUGGGAAGAAGGGUUCUUCAGAUGAUAAGGCAAAAGCUCAAGGCGUUUUGUACUCAAUAGAGUCAUUUGAUUUUAUUUUUAUGGCACAGCUAAUGACCACUAUAUUUGGGUACACUAAUGAUUUGUGUCUUGCUUUACAAAGAAGGGAUCAAGAUAUUAUUAAUGCUAUGAGGCUCGUCACUUUAACCAAGGACCAGUUACAGAAAAUGAGGGAUGUCGGAUGGGAGAUUCAACUAAAUAAGGUAAUCUCAAUUUGCAGCAAUCUUGGCAUUGUUGUUCCAGAUAUGGAAGCUCAAUAUAUCCCUCAAGGAAGAUCAAAGCGUUUUGUUCAAGAUGUUUCGUAUCUCCAUCAUUUUCGGGUUGAUGUGUUUAUGAAGGUAAUUGAUUUAUUACUUCAAGAACUUGAUAACCGAUUUGAGAUUAGGUGCAUGGAUUGCUUCAAUCCUAAAGAUAACUUCUCUUCUUUUGACAAGGAAAAGGUACUUAAACUUGCCACUUUUUAUCCUUCCGACUUUUCAAACUGUGAAUUGAUGGCUAUUGAGUGCCAACUUGAUAUAUUCAUCGAAGAUAUGAAAAAUGAUAGUGACUUUCAAAAUUUACAAGAUAUUGGUUCUCUUCUGAUGAAACUUGUUGAAACAAAGAGAGAUGUCGCUUAUCCUCUUGUGUUUUUGCUUAUAAAGUUGAUUUUGAUUCUUCCGGUUGCUACUGCAAGUGUAGAGAGAGUAUUUUCCGGAAUGACGUUUGUGAAGAAUAAGUUGCGAAAUAGGAUUGGUGAUCAAUCUUUGAAUGAUUGUUUGGUCACUUUCAUUGAGAAAGAUAUAUUUCUACAAGUUUCUGAUGACGUUGUUGUCAAACGUUUUAAAGAAAUGAAGACACGUCGAAAAAUAAACUAG